AUGAACCCAUCGCUAACACGCUUCACUAACGGCUCCAUCUCUGCUAUUAACCUUGCAGCGGAACUGUUAGAGCUUAUUAACGACCUUCUUAUCUUUCCCGAAUACUCCGAUUACGCACACGUGUUCUUCAAGGCCGCUAGCAACGUGCUAGCACCACACAAGCCUUACGACUACAAAAUCGAGCUUCUCGAGAGAAAGGAAAAGGCGCUUCGGUACUCAUUAUUGUACAAGAUGUCGAUCCUUGAACUAGAGCUUACUAAAGCCUACCUUAUCGACAAUCUUAACAAAGGUUUUAUCGAACCUUUAAUAGCGCCAUUUGCAGUUCUAGUCUUGUUUGCUAAGAAGCAAGACGGUUCCUUUCGCUUUUGUAUUGACUUCCGCGCGCUGAACAACCUUACUCGUAAAGAUCGAUACCCUUUCCUUUUGAUCGAUAAGACUUUCGCACGUCUUUCAAGAGCUAAAAUCUUUACGAAACUCGACAUUCAGCAAGCCUUUCAUAGAAUACGGAUAGACUCAGCUUUAGAAGAGCUCACAACAUUCAAAACACGCUACGGUGCUUACAAGUGCAAGGUUCUUUUAUUCGGACUAACUAAUAGACCCGCCACUUACCAACGCUAUAUGAAUGACUUCCUUUUCGACUUCUUAGAUAUCUUUUGCACGGCAUAUUUAAACGACAUCUUGAUUUACUCCUCCGACCUCUUAAAGCACGCUUACCACGUUCGCCAAGUCCUCUAA